AUGUACGAGCAGGCAGAGGCUGUCCGGCCUUCUUUCUCCGGCCCCGGCAGCGGACACACCAGCGGGCCGCCCCAGCCCCGUCACGUCCAUCAGGAUGGUUCACGCGGGCAUGUCCGCCAGGGCAACGGCGCUCCCGACAAGCAGCCAGAAGACGACGAUGCGUCUUCACACACGUACGAAGAAGCCGAGGCGGUGAGACGUCACGCAGCGUACACGUCAGCAGACCGCGCGUAUCCGGGUGGGGCGAGCGGCCGCCGUGGUGUCUGUAGCUUCCUCCGCGCCCACCGCAGCUGCCUUGCCGCCGGCAUCGCCGUGCUGCUGAGCCUUGUCUCUGUGGGACUCGCCCCUCUGACGUUCAUCAACAAACAGGAAAUAUCUCAAUUGUCGACGACUUUUGACGCCGUGAAAUGCGACCAAUACAACAUGUCCACCGCUGUUGACGCCUUGAAACGCGACCAAGACGGCAUGUCCACCACUGUUGACGCCUUGAAGCACGACCAAGACGGCAUGUCCUCUACUGUUGACGCCUUGAAACGCGACCAAGACGGCAUGUCCACCACUGUUGACGCCUUGAAACGCGACCAAGACGGCAUGUCCACCACUGUUGACGCCUUGAAACGCGACCAAGACGGCAUGUCCACCACUGUUGACGCCUUGAAACGCGACCAAGACGGCAUGUCCACCACUGUUGACGCCUUGAAACGCGACCAAGACGGCAUGUCCACCACUGUUGACGCCUUGAAACGCGACCUAGACAACGAACGCAGCCGAAUCACCGCCUUGGAAAAGCGUUUUCACGAAAUUGCCAACAACACAGACUCCGACAAGCCCCAAGACUGUAAGGACAUCCUUGACAACGACGAGACCACGCCCAGCGGCGUGUACAUGGUUUAUCCACGGGACAACCUGGGCGGCUUCAACGUCUUCUGUGAUAUGGACACGGACGGAGGCGGCUGGACGUUAUUCCAGAGACGCCAAGACGGAAGCGUGGACUUCUACCGGGGCUGGGCGGACUACAAGACCGGCUUCCCUUCCAAUCUGAACGGCGAGUUCUGGCUGGGGAAUGACAACUUAUACCGACUGGCUUCACAGAAAUUCUACCAACUCAGGGUGGAUAUGGAGGAUGCGGAGGGAAACACGGCGUACGCCGCUUACAACAUGUUUGCCAUCUCACCUGAAUCACAGAACUACAAGCUCCACAUAGCUACUUACAGCGGUACUGCAGGAGACAGCUUGAAGUACCAUGAAGGGAAACCAUUCAGUACCAAGGACAGAGAUAACGACGAGAGCCCGUCCAGCUGUGCUCAAAAGUUCAAAGGUGCGUGGUGGUACGGCGAUUGCCACGAGUCCAACCUGAACGGCCUGUACCACCUGGGUACUCAAGAGAGUUUCGGCGACGGAGUCAUCUGGUACCACUGGAAGGGUUAUAACUACUCCCUGAAGCGCACUGAGAUGAAACUCCGACCAGCUCCAUAACGUCACACAUUGAGAAUUUUUUGUGUGUAUCUUCU